AUGAAUGUAGCAUUUAACGUAAUUGUAGUCGACGCGUUGUUUAUAACUAUCUGUUAUGUUAUAAUCGCCCAAUAUAAAGUUAUUGGUCAGUCGUUCAGAUAUAUCGGCUAUGACGAAAAACCGCUGAAUGGUAAGUCCAUCUCUAAAAGCAGCCAUAAAAUCAUGAACCUUCUUUUAAUCUUAAUUUAUUUAUUCUGUUUGUACUGUGUAUGUGAAACAUUGCUGUCUAUUAGUGUUUUUUUGUAAAAUUCCGGAAAGCUCUGUCCAGGACAUUACAGUGUGCAGAUUUUUCUAUUCCAAAUCAUUAUAGUGAUAUUUAUAAUUUUUUUUUUUUAUAUCUAUGAACAACUAUUCUACCAGAAUUUUUGCUCCAAUUUUCAAGUGUAGCACUUGUUUUUGUAGUUUAAUUCAGUUAAAAAUAUUUGUAGAAACUUGAAAUAUUGAUAGAAAACCCGUAUUAGCUUGUUUUAGACGUGGUAAAAUCUUCAAAGCAUUCGACCCAUUUUUGAGCUAUUUAUAGGCAUUUUAAUUUUGCGAGUUUUUUACGUAAUUUUUAUUGGUAGAUAAUUUGUGGAUACAAUUGUAAGACUUAACAGAAAUGAUAGAAAAUUUAACAAGAGGUUCAUUAGUCGUGAUUAGUGGUCAAAGAAAAAAAAAAUGAAGUCUAAUGAAGUAUUUCUUUUUUAUAAGAGUUUUAAUAUCAAAUUUUUGACUUUUCAAAACAUGUAUAAUCGAACUUCGCUUCGAAUCGUUUUUCGUUAGCAAUUGUUUAUCGUUAGUUACGGGUAUAAAUCAAAUAACUUAAUAUAUCCCAACUUCUCAACCACCAACCUACUACAGUAGUCACACCCGUCAACUAUUUUAAAUAUAACGUCAUCGAGUUACAGUUAUCUUAUGAACGAAUAUAAUAAUAAUAUAACUGUUUAAAUUAAACGUGACUGAUAAAAGUAACUUCUAACUUUCUAACUAGUAAGUCCCCGUUCAUAAAUUAUUUGAUAUCCUAACGAGCGAGGUUAGACAUACAAAUAAUUGAUUGUAUUUAUUUAUUCGUUUUCGAUUGAUUAUCGUUGUAUUUAUAUGAUUAUAGAAUAUUACGAAGAUUUUAAAUCAGUUGUAGCCGAUCAACAAAAACUCGAGUUGUAAGUAAUGUUUAAAUUUCCCAAGAAAAUAGCAAAUUUGACAUAGAAUCUAAGUUGUAUUAUUUAUAUUAUUUGUUUCAGGAAAUUGUUAUCAUUUUAUUCCGUUGUACAUCGCAUAGUUUUAAUAAACGUCGUUUUUACUUUCUGCUCGAUCAUAAUCAUAACAUAUUUAUUUGUUGAGGUAAAUUAAUAAUUAUCGUGUAUUAACAUUAAGGUGCCUGCACGUGGCAUAUUUAUUUUUGCAAAAUCAUUUUUUACCAUUAAAAAAUACCCCAUGUCUCUUAGGGUAAAUGCAUUUUGAUCAUCUUUUUUUUCCGUAAGAGAAAGAUAGACUUUGAUUUUGAACAUUUAUAUUUCUAAACCUUAUAAUUAAAACUUGAAUAAUACUUAUGUGCACUAUCUUUUUUUCUUAGUUUUGCGUCAAAAAUCAAAAUUUGGACUUCGAUUUUGAUUUCUGUUCAAAAAACAUGUCACUAGCUGGUCCCUUAACAUACACAUGAAAACUUAUUGCGACUUUUUAUUAAAAUUUAUUAGUUGCUAAGAUUCGUUUACGUUAAAUGCUAACAAUAGUUCACAAAUUUGUAAAACAAAACCACGUGCAGAUCCCUUGACAUACAUUUUACAAUGAUAAGUUAAAAUAUAUUUUAAAAUAGGCGUGCAUGUCACUUGAAUCGCUGUCAAUCCUCGAUUUGUUCAGACUAGGAAGUACAGUUGGCUUUGAAUAUCUAUACCUAUUUAUAUACUGUUAUUUAUUAGACAGUUUAAACUUGGAAGUAAAAAAAAAAAAAAAACAAUUAUCUAUUCUGAUAUAAUUUCAGCUUGUUUGAUGAAUAUUAUUAUAAUAUAGAGAGAAUCGACCAACUUUGCAAUAUAUUCUUGUAACUGGACGGAGAUGGAUGUGAAAUUUCAAAAAUUGUUGUUGUUGGCAAUGUGCAUGAACAACGCCAAUAAAUUGUUGAUCAGGGCUUCGCCGAAGAAAACAAUCAACUUGCAGUUCUUCUCUAGCGUAAUUAAUUAUUACACGUUACAUGCGUACCUAAUACUAACUGAAAACUGAAAUUAUAAGGCCGUCAUCACGGUGACAUUUACCGUAUCUGUCUUUCUAAAAGCCGAUUUGACGCAAAUGGAUUCGUGUAAAUGAAACGAAAAGGCGUUUAAAGUUGAUUUUAGAAAUAAAACAUUCAAUGUCCCCGCGGUACCCAAACUUUUUUGAUUCACGCCAGCCUAAAAAUAAAAACAAAUAAUUGCACGUCCCCCGUGAAUAAACUCAUAAGUACAUUGCAGUUAUUGUAAUAUUAUAACCUAACGUUUGCCAAACACUAUACUGAUAUAAUUCGUGAUUUAAUUUUCGUGUUUCUAUUUUUUAAACAUAGUGGCAGUUACAUGUAACGAAUUUGUAUUGUUUGGGUGUAGAAAAUAUUGAUAUUAUUAUAAUUGUAUCUGUUUGUUUAUUAAGAGUGUGGCAUUUACCUACGUACCUAUGUAAACACGAAUCGUGGUUAAUUGUGAUCAAUUUACUUCUAGGUCAUGAUGACGUCUUACAACAUCGUCUCCGUUAUGGUGAAAACAAUUUCCAUAGAAAAUCAAUAA